AUGGAUUCGACGCUUACCGGUUCAGUUGCCUUUCCGCACUCUCAUCGACAGAAGCCGCUGAGCGGUCGAAAUGGCGGCCCAGCCGCACCCCGCACCACUGAAGCUUCCGAGAUUAUUUCGACAGGUGGUAAAGUCGACCACCACGGUGGUAAAAUUGCCGUGGGUGAAAACGUUAACCCGAAAGCGAAAGUAAAGUGCACCUGUGGUAACAUGAUACAUCCGUCCAGCCUGGAAAGACACUUGAAGACGCACAAGUUCCACAACCCUGUAGGGGGCUUCGUAUGUGAUGGAUGCCAAGCUCGCUUCACAAGGAAAGAAUCCCUCAAGCGCCAUAUCGAAAAAGCUACUUGUCACCAAGCUCGCCGCGAGGUUGGCGUGGAUGAUGACUAUUCACUUCCCUCUGUUCGCUCAUCGACCAAGCGUAAAAGGGAGAGCUCUGGCUCCAGCACCAAGACGCCGGCGACACCAGAAACAAUGCUUCACAGGGGCAAGAUACAUCACGGUACUCCUAUUAUUUCUCGUGCGCGGCCUUCUACAUCUUCACGUGUCGAAGUCGAAAGGACCAUCCAGCCCGUAAACCAACCCGUGGCCCGCUCCAGCCCAGCUGCCUCCGCCCAAUUCGAGGAGGAGGGGGAGGGGGAUGAUGAUUAUGACGUUUACGACGACGACGUGGAGGAAGACAACGAGGACGACAACGAUCACGAUACUGACUACGAUGAUGAUUUUAAUGCCUCUAACCACGAUAAUGUCGACGAAGAUGAGGACCAGUCCGAAGAAGACGAAGACGAUUUAGACAGUGAUGUCGCUAAGCCUCCGAGCCGGUCCAUUGAAGUACCAGAACUCCUUCCUGUCGUCGACAUGAGCAUCAACCCCGCCCUCGCUGACUUCCUCCUCGAAUAUGGCAUUGACGAAGACGACGAACCUUUCGAUCCCCUCUACUUCAGCACUAGCGAAGUCGCGCUCAUGACCAAUCCCUACUACCAAAAUGAUACGUAUAUCCACUUUUGA